AUGGCAUCAUCAUCAUCAUCGACUCCUUCUCCUAACCCUAUUAUUACAUCGAAUGGUAGUGGUGGUGGUGGUAGUGGACCUCCAUCAGCUGGAGCUAGCGGUCAAACAUCUAAUAAUUCAAGUACAAAUGCAGGUCAACAACAAACAUCAGGUUCAAAUAAUCCAGCAAAUGAUACACCCGUUUCUUCUGAACGUAUUGCUUGUUGGAUAACUGAAUUAUUAUCGUCGACAACACGUGAAAAUGCAUUAAUGGAAUUAAGUCGUAAACGAGAAAAAGUUGUUGAUUUAGCUGUUUUACUUUGGCAUUCAUUUGGAUCUGUUGCUGUUUUAUUGCAUGAAGUUAUUUCGGUUUAUCCUUAUAUAACACCUCCGACAUUAACAGCUCAACAAUCGAAUCGUGUUUGUAAUGCAUUAGCAUUACUUCAAUGUAUAGCAUCACAUCCUGAAACUCGUUCACUUUUUAUUCAAGCAAAUAUUCCUUUAUUUCUCUAUCCAUUUUUAAAUACAAAAUCAUCAACACGACCAUUUGAAUAUCUUCGUUUAACAUCUUUAGGUGUUAUUGGUGCACUUGUUAAAACAGAUGAAACUGAAGUUAUUAAUUUUUUAUUAACAACAGAAAUUAUUCCAUUAUCAUUACGUAUAAUGCAAUCAGGUAGUGAAUUAUCUAAAACAGUCGCAACAUUUAUUUUACAAAAAAUUCUUGCUGAUGAUUGUGGUUUAAAUUAUAUAUGUCAAACAUUUGAUCGAUUUUCACAUGUUGCAAUGGUUUUAGGUAGAAUGGUUUUACAACAACAAAAAGAAGCUAGUGGAAGAUUAUUAAAACAUAUUAUUCGUUGUUAUUUACGUUUAUCGGAUAAUGCACGUGCUCGUGAAGCACUUCGUUCAUGUCUUCCUGAUUGUCUUAAAGAUCAUACAUUUGAUGCUGUUCUUAAAGAAGAUCAAUCAACAAAAAAAUGGUUAUCACAAUUAUUACUUAAUCUUGAAACACCGGUACCAACAAAUGCAAAUAAUUCUCAACAACAAACAUCUGGUAAUAAUGUUGUUUCACAACAAACUCAACCAGCAUCACCACUUGGAAUGGGAUAA